CUACAUUUUUUGACGGGUGAAGGGUGGCCGAUAUAUUGGUGCGGAGUGUAGAGUCGUCGUGCAAAGGAAGACAUCGAAUCGGCUUCGAAAGCUUUACAUCGAAGGACAAUUGGCUAACCGUACCACGGGAAAAGGUCCACUGCGAAGGAAACAGAGAGAGAGAGAAAAAAAAUAGGUCCCGUCAUCGUGGAGCUUCACUGCCAGCGCGCUUCGGCAGAUUGGAACAUUUGUAGAGCAGCAAGAUUUGUUCCUCGUCAGUUGCAGAUUUUCAUUUUUUCCCCCGUUUAUAACGGAAACAAUUGCUCGGCGGCAGUCUGAGAGCAGCGCUACGACGUGGGUGUUUUUGCUCAGCAGAGCUCGACGAUAUUUGGACCGACUUUCAAUUAGCUCUUUGCUGCGAAACACACCUGCUCACUCAGUCCUUAAAGGCGUUGAUUGCAGCUAGUCCGAAUUCCUAAAUCCACACAGGAGGGACUCAAAGGCGAACAGUGUGAUAUAUUAGUAGGAGUGUAGUGCCGAGUAUUCACAAACACGUAAGAGGUCUCUCGAGAUGGGCUUUACACCCAGGCUUCUGCGUUACCGGCCUUCCCUCGUUGUGAUUUCCGCGGCGUUGAUCUUGUGCGGACAAGCAGCGUGGUCUGCCAACGUCGAUGUUUCUCCUGCAAUAGGAGACAUCGCCACCGCCGGUGGAGGUUUUGCCGACUCGACUUCGAUCAUGCCGACAACGCCGACGACGACAACCACAACGACACGUGCGCCGAACAUGAUGGAUAGAGCCCGGAGACUGAUCGCCGAGGCCAUGCGAUCGGCCGAAGGCUCGCCUCUGGUGCGUCGACUCAUGAGGACAGAGUUAUCGCCCGAGUGCACCAUAGGCCUGCUGCGGUUCAUGCGCGACAUACGAAACCUGGAACCGUGGGCUAUAAGACUGAUCGACGCGAGCGGCAAGUACCCAACUGGGCUGUUCCAGGGCACGAUCUCCGACAUCGGCGCGUACGACGAGUGUGUCGAGACGGUGGUGCACGACCAGUUCGGCCACGUGCAAGUGAGCGGGCAGUACUGCAACAUGUACAUCAAGCUUGUCAACGACACGUCCCUCUUCGACCACAUGCUACCUGCAUUCCUGAUGACCAAUAAGAGGACUACGGAGCUAUUCCAGCUUCUCGAUGACGAUCGCGUCAGGGGCCUACGUGUGGGAAUAUGCACCAUGUCUGACUGCUCCAAAAAAGACAUCCAGGCCAUUGCGAGCACACUUGGCGAAGGAAUAGCCAAGAUCACAGUGAACGACUGCGUCACCGGGGAGUCAGUGUCCAUCACGCCUUUCCAGAUAGCGAUCAUAGCCAUGGCAGGUGUGAAUGUCCUCUUACUCAUCUUCAGCACCUCGUUUGACAUGUACGCCAAGAAGAAGAACAUGAAGAGAACAAUCGUGGUGAAGCUUCUUAGCGCCUUCUCGGUGCCCCGGAACACAAACACCCUGCUGUACGUGUCAAGGAACACUCAUUCCGAGGCGUACUGCUACCGGUUCCUGCACGGUCUUCGCUUCUUCAGCUUGUUCUGGAUUGUCCUCGGCCACACGUCCAUGGCAUUCGACCCCGUAAUCUCAAGGUUUGCCAACGUCCUCGAAGCCACGGGAAGCUGGUUCUUCUGCACCUUUUCGACGGCCUUCCUCAGCGUUGACACAUUUUUCUUCCUGAGUGGUUUUCUCUUGGCUUACAACGUGCUCAAGGUUGAUUUGGACGCCUGGAUCAUCAUUGCGGUCGCAUUGACUCGUCGACUUAUCAGGGUCAUGGUCCCCGUCGGCUACGUAAUCCUGGCUUUCUUUCUGGUGCCUCUGCUCUUCUCGGGUCCCAACUCGAAGUUACUCUUCGACAGCUACUACGAAGAAAGCAACCAGCGUUGGUGGCAGCUGCUUUUACAAGUCCGCAACUUCUACAAUUCCACUGAUAUGGAAUGCUUCGCCCAUCUUUGGUACCUGUCUACUGACUUCCAGCUGUUCUUGAUCUGCAUCUUGGUCUUGGCCGUUCUGAGAAAGCGGCAAUCUUGGAUGAUGUGGACCUUCCUGGGCCUCUCACUCUUCUGUAGCGCAUUCUCUGCCUGGCAAAUGCAGACAGGAAGAUACCUGCCGGUCAUCCCCUCGGUGGUCGCAGAUCUCACGACUAUGGCAGAUACGUUCAACGAUGUCUACAUGAUGGCAACGUUCCAUGGAGCGAGCUACUUCUUGGGAUGUGUCACCGUUCUCAUUCUGCAGAAGUACAAGAAGGCUGAGAUGUCGCGGGCCACCGAGGUCGUGCUGUGGUGCGCCAGUAUUGCCUGUGCGCUCACGUGCAUCUUAGCUCGUCGUCACUGGAACGCCGGCAUCGUGAACCCGGGUGCUUGGGAGGACGUGGCGUUCGCCUUCUUCGACCGACUGCUCUGGUCGGGUUUCCUCAGCUGGCUGGUCAUUGCCUGUGCCCGCGGACGAGGAGGCUUUGUCUGCACUUUCCUGUCGUGGGGCGCUUUUGUGCCUCUGAGCCGGCUAUCGUUCGGCGUGUACCUCGUGCACCUGCCGUACUUCGUGGUCAUGUGCUUCGUCUCAAGGGAACGGAUUUACUACUCUAUGCUCGGAGUCAUAUCGACGACGUUCUCGAUCUUCGUGUGGAGCUGCCUGAUGAGUUACUGCCUGUUUAUCCUGUGCGAGUGCCCAACGGGCGUCAUCGAGAAGACAUUCCUGGCCUUUAAUGGAAUAGAGAAGACUGUGCACGGACACCAUCAGCCUAAGCGCGGUGGUGCGGCCGGCAUCAAGGAUUGGGCCGCCGCAAACGGCAAGAAGACGCACCACAUCAUACCUACGGUCGUCGUGGGCCAGGAGCCAUCUUCGCCGGCAACCGACGCUGGCACUGCGCCACAGGAGAUCACGCCGCAGUCGUGCCGGUUAUGAGCCAUUAGGACACUGCAAAUAUCACUCCAGCCCAUCGACAUGAACAGUUUUUCACAUCUGCGACGAGAAACUCCCGUGGCAUGCUCUUCGUAAUCACACAUUUCCCGUGGUGUCCACGUGCCUACGACCUCGACGUGCCUACGACCUCGUCGUGCGACCCCAUCGAUUCGCUCACGGACUUAAGGCGUGUGUGCAUGUAUUUGUGUAUGCGGGUUGUACACCUGACCGGAGGGGUGGACACCCCGAAGCCAAAGAAGAGCCAGUGAAAUAACGCAAAGUGACGUUCACGUGAUAAGGUAGACUUUGCCGGCAUUUUUGAACACUUGCCAUUGGCAAUUGUUGACGGCGUGUACUCUUCACCUGUGCUGUGAAAUAACUUAGAAUGGGUACCUUUCUAUGGUUCUCACGCUACAGACGUCAUCCAAGUUCUUUGCCCGAACAUUCAGAAAGCAGGAUAUUCAGGAGGCAUGGUUUCGCAAUACGAAAUGUAUUGCGAAAGUCGGGAAGGGUUGAGAUGUAGCAAGUACAUCUGUUGCUCUCACUAGAGCUCUCGCUUUUUACAAAUGUUACGCGCUACUAUGUCAAGAAGGGAUAACGAAGGUAGACCUGUCCUUGCCAAACAGUGUGAGCAAUAAUUCGCUCAUUCAUGACAUUCAGUGUAGGUCAGCAUUUAAUUCAUGACGGGGCUAGCGGCCACAGCCACAAGCAGUGGUGGCGCGGCGAUCUUCAACGUCACUGCCGAAUUUACAAAUAAUAAAUGGAAAAGAAGCGGUAAUCACAAUUAUAUUAAGUGGUGGCUCUGUCUAAAAGAAAACUCGGUUCUCCUUUGACCUUUAGUAAACACUGGACAGGUGAGUGAGGAUCCACUUCUAGCAUGGUGAGGCAGUGCAACUCGGCGAAACUAUGGGAGCGCAAAGGCAGCUCAGAGACUCACAUAUUUGUGGUGUCAUAAUAGCGCCGCCCUUGUAAAAUUAUCAUAACUGUGAGGUCAUCGUAAUAUGGUCCAAUUAGCAUGGCUCCUUUGGGGUGUGAUAUCUGAUCAUGCUAUUUGUAGUCAGUUCUUAUCACGUGAGAUAUUGAAGUUCGUUGUGAUUGGUGUGGUUUGCUUAGGAUGUAGGGCGGCCACUUCGUCACUUUGAGUCCUCAAAAUAGGGUGCUUCACGUCUAGUGACGCCUAAAAAAUUGUUAUCGUAGCUCUUGUAUUUUCAACCGUGCAUACCAUGCACAAUGUCAUGUUCUGUCUUUGUGAACGUUAUAAUUGCUUAGUGCCGUAUUAUUUAAUAUAGGAGCAUAGUUUAAAAAGCUACUUAAAAUCUGCUAGUUCAAUGCGAGUCUCUUGUGCUUUACAAAUAAGGGAUUCGCUUGGCUCCUUGUGCUGCCUGUACACUGAGCGCUGGAAAGAAAAAAAAAAAUCCUGGACCUUCAAAUGAGGACGAAAGAACACUGAACAAAAGUAUACCAUCUCAUGUCACAUGGCAACAAAACUAUAUACAGGGUAUUCAUCAAACUCCCAAUGUUGCAUGUAUUUAAUCGCAUACGAUGGUUAAAAGACACAUGUAAUGCGGAUGGUGUUGCUACCGAUGACGGACAAUAAUGCUCCAUCGAUAACGGCGUGUUCUGAAUGUGCACUAGUCUUUCUAAUUCCAACACACCUAGGAGCACUCGUUUCUUGAGGUUUUCUGGCAUGCCGCUUGUUAAACCUCAAUGGUUACCCCAAUUAGUGAAAUGGUUUCAAUGAAACACUCAUAGAUGAAACCGGCUUUAUAUUUGAUAGCUUAGUCGGAUUUAUUAAAUGCCGCAAGUUACUA